AUUCAUCUUUCCUUCGUCUCUCCUUUUCUCUCCCCCGCUCUCUCCCUUUUCGCUAUCCGUCGUUCGCCUGCUUCGCCCCACCGCGCUUCACUUCCUCUCGGACUCGUUGCGGCUAACUUCUUCGUUGUCGAUGUGCGUGGUCGUUGUGAGGGCUUUUGUGCGUUCGGUUGGUGCUGCUAGUUAAGCCCAGUUUCUUAUUGUCUCCUGCGCCCGCCGUCGUGCCGUCCUGCCGUUUGCAUUGAGGCUGUUCGUCUGCUGCUUCACCUUCGUUGGCUCGCCGCUGUCCUGGUUGUGCUACUUGGUUCUGGUUGGAAGAGCUGCUCUGCUUCUGCAUCUGCACCUGUAGCCUGCUGCUGCUGCCUGCUACUCAAGGUUUGCUCUCCUUUUCCACUGCAUGUGCCUUGUUUAUCGCUCAACAUGUAUUUAUCUCUUGGUGCCCUGGGUUUAUGGCGUCGUCUUCUUCAACCUGAGGCUGCAUCCUGUGCUGCCGUUUCAGUUCAAGGUAGAUUUCAUUCCAUCCCUAUUCCUCUAAGCCGAGUCGUUGCACCUGUAUUCUUAAAUCCAAUCGUCUUUUCUCAGCGCCUAAGCUAGCGAAGUGGUUUAGCCUAAACUGUUUUAUAAUCUGCUAGGUAUUUCAGAGAGGACUAAACCAUGCAAAACAAAUUCAUCACAAACAUGGCUUUAGCGUGCCUCUGCGCCAUUUGGCGCAAAAAACACACACAUUAUCCUACCUUUGUUUUUACAUCGAGGUGUAAAUAUUGAGAAGAAUAUUAUUCUCAUUGAUAGUAGUUUGAGGAGCACUACAAAGGAUCGCUGCCAAGAAUUUGAAGGAAAUGCCUUGCCAAUCUGACCCAUCACAUAACUUUGGGUUCUAUCAGUUGUGUGGCACAUACAUUUGGAAAGAAGUGAACUGUAUUUGCAAAUCUAAAUAUUUCUCUCAUGCAUGUAAGUCUCAACGGCAUGUAUAUUAUGGUCUUGCUAAAUUGAUCCUAUAUCUGCCUUAUCCAUGUGUUAACUGUUUAAGAUUUGGUUGCAGUGGCCUAUAAAGAAUUUGUUGGAUUUCUAAAUUGAUCCUAUCUUUGCCUCAUCCAUGUGUUAAAUCUUUAAGAUUUUUAUGUGUGGCAUGUCAUGCACUUAUAGGAUAAUCGAGUGACCUUUCUAUUUACUUAUUUGGAAUACGACUUUCCUGAUUUUGUGCUUUCUUUGAACCCUCAUAUUUCAUGGUUGCCAUGAAUACCAAACUUUUUAAUCUUUUAGAAGAGUGCAAAUCCAUAAUAUGAUAUGAAACAUGAUAUUUUGUUAAGGCCUUUGCAUUUUAACUAUGACGGUGACCUUUGUAGUCACAUGCAUUAGUUGAAAAGCUUUUGGUUUCUCUCUUCUCUCCUGCUUAGGAAGUUUUCUUCUUUGGUUUUCCUAGGUAUUGUUUCUAAUUUUACCUACAAAGGCAAACCUUUUCAAAUCACAUCAGGUUUCAUUAUUAGAAAGGCUCUUAGUAUGGUCAAGUUUCAUGCACUUAUUUCAAGUAUCCUGCCUUGGGUGUGUGCGUGUGUUGUGGUGGCGUGCGUUUGUACCGAGUUGCUGUGGAUCAUGCUUUAUAUAUAAAGCGGGGCGGAAGCCUUUUUCAGUAAUAACUCGUGGUUUGAAAUGGGACCUUUUGCUAUUUGGCGCAACAGGUAAUGUUAUUGUACAUUUUUUUGUAGACAGCAAGCCUCCAUUUUUAUGGUAGGCAACGAGCCUCCAUUCUGUUACAACAUGUGCUUGCCCAUAACUAAACCAACUGAUACAUGUGUCUUUUUUCAAAGCACAUAUGGACUCAACGGGUUUCUGCGCCAUUAGGCGCAACGGGUCAACUAUUCUCUAUAAAUUCAUUUGUAAAGUUAUUUCAGAUAUUCAUAUCGAUUCAAUAACAAGGUUACUAUACCAAGAACAUCGAUGUUCAUUCGUAAGUUAAGCAAAAUAGUUUUAUUUACUUCUUCGUUUGAAUCGCGCUUUUGCGCCAUUUGAUGCAAUGGGUUCUUCUCUCAAACCUAUGUGCUUGCUGAAACCUAAAGUUUUUAAAAAAUAGCAAUAUUUUAAAUGCGGUCAUGGUUUUAAAUGGGACUAAAUAGCAGGUGACUCAUGGAUAGAAAUAUUUCCAAUGUUGUCAUGGUUGUAAAUGGUUCUUCUCUCAAACCUAUGUGCUUGCUGUACUGGCUAUGAAAGCAGCCGUCGACAAACAUGCCUAAUUUGAAAUAUAACGGGUCUAAAUAGCACAUGACUGUUGGAUAGAAUUUUUUUUCAAACACAAGACUACUUCACAAUUUCUAUACAGAGGGGCUAAAGCUAUGCUUAUACAUGCUCAAACCUAAAGUUCCUUGCUACAGAAAAUAUUUUGAAAGAACUCAUGAUUUUAAAGGUACAUAUAUUUAUAAAGAAAAGCCUAUGCAAUUUUUCUUUACAUAAAGGGGUCUAAAUACUUACCAUAUGUGCUUGAUGUAAAAAAUGCAUAUAUGUUCAACGCUAAUAUGGUUUUAAAAGGGUCUCUGGGCCAUCUGGUGCUGGUUUGUACGUGUUAUAUAAAUGCACUUUUAUUUCAAACUCGAACUUCACAACGUGAUAAACAUAUUUUCAAUAUGUCAUGGUUUAAAAUAGGCUUUCUACUACCAGUAUCGAAUAUGUCCUUGCAAAAUGAAAUUAUUUUCAUCGACAACAUGUAUUUAGCGGAUCUCUGCGCCAUUUGGCGCAACGGGUCAACUAGUAAUGAGAAGAUCUGACACACGGCUCGUCCCAGGCGAAGAGUAAGACGAUGGAGUCAUGGGUGGGUCCUGUGCAUCAUUGACAAUGAGGGGAAUGGGUGGCUGGCGUGCGGCCGGGGUCCAUCAUAUGGUCAAAGAGAGAUGCAAUUUAUAAAUCAACAUUUUAUCUCUCUUAAUUAAUUAUUAAAGUUUCGCCUUUGUGUACGGUCACAUAACAAAUCUUUUUCAGUUUAUAAAUCAACAUUUUAUUUCUCAGACACCUUGUUUCUUUUUCAGUUUAUAAAUCAACAUUUUUUUUUCAGUAGGUGCCUUUUUCCUUUUCUCCCUUCCCAUAGAGGUUUCUGAGGGAAAAGUGACUCAACCUAUAUAUAGAAAAAAAAGGCACCUACUGCAUAUGUGCUCCUUUGGUUGUUUUUCUCCCUUCCUAUCGAGGGGUUUUUGGGUUGGUGUCGUCAGCCGCCUCGCGCAAAAUCGGAUUGCGUAGUUGUUUUCGCAACGGAUUUCGUACGCCGAUGUAUUUGGUCGUUCGUUAAUUGCAUCGUUGCACAUAAAUAUGCUGGAUCACAAGCACAACGUGACAGACCUAAAAAUUCACCAUGGCAGCAGCAAGAUCGUGCACAAACCCCUGCUGGUCGGACCUCCCGACCGAUCUCCUCGCGAGCAUCGUGCAACUCCUCCAGCUCCCGGGAGCGCUCGCCUUCGCGUCCGUCUGCACGUCGUGGCGCGCGGCCGCCGGCGACAUCCCGCAUCCGCGCACGCCAUGGCUCUUGUCCUGGGAAGAAAACCCACACCCGGCCGUCGGGCGGAGCCGCUCCGCCGUGACCUGCAAGUUUCGCAACCUCCUCGACGCCGACAGGGUUCACAGUCUCACGUUCCCCGAGGCCUCCUUCGUCACCUGCUGCGGCGCCUCCAACGGGUGGCUGGUGGUGGUGGACGAGCUCUGCAACCUCUCGCUCCACAACCCCUUCACCUCGCAGACCAUCGCUCUGCCGCCGGUCACCGACUUCCCGUGCGUGACGGCCGUCGUGCACGACGACCAGGGGAAAAUCAAGGCUUACCGUCUCAGCAGGAGCUCGGGCCAGUACAUCGACGCACAGCAGUACGACGCGUACCAUCUGGCCACGUUUUUCUACCGGAAGGCGGAGCUGUCCGGCGACCCGUCCGGGGGCGGCGACUACGCCGUCACGGUCGUCCACUUCGGCGGCAGGUGGAUCUCCCGCGUCAGGGCGGGGGACACCAGGUGGCGGGUGCUGGUCGCCAACAGAUUCAUCUGGGGCCACGGCCACCCGGACGCCUACGCCGACUGCGCGUACCACAAGAGGAGCGUGUACGCCGUGACGUACCAGGGGAUCGUCGAGCGGUGGCCCCUCGACGACGCCGGCGCCGGGACACCAUCGGAGAAGCAGGAGGAGGUUGUGCAAGACCGUCGGCUGCGCGACGCCGUCCUCAGCAGGCACCUCGUGGUCUCGCCGGGCGGCGGCGGGCUGUGGAUGGUGAGCGCGGUGUGGGAGCCCGGGCGCGCGGAGUACCCGGACGCCGUCAGGUUCACGUUCCGCGUGGUCGAUGAGGAUGACGAUGACGCCGGGGGCGAGGGGGAGCGGGAGUCGGUGCAGGCGCACGCGCUGUUCCUCGGGAUGAACCGGCCGGCGUGGCUCCCCACCGGCACUGGGAGCUUCCCCGGCGUGAGGCCCGGUGUGCUCUACUUCUCCGCGCCAUGGAUGCGGCAGUACUCUCCAAAACUGCUCGAGUUGGUGGGCGACUGGGGAGGCGCGAGGGCCUACGGCGUCCUCAGUAGGACGAGGGCGAGGACGUUCGAGCGCGUGUUCCCCGGCUUGCUGCCUGAGUCUGCACGGCUGAUGGACUGCCCUACGGAGGUGUGGGUCACGCCCAAUCUGUACUAGACUAGAUGCCGGCGAUAACCAGGUCCUUCGGCGGCAGAUAGCAGGACGUGUGUGCGUUGGCUGAAAACUUGUGAUUUACCUUUGAGAAACCCCUUAGGGCUUCUUUGAUUCAAAGAAAUUUUGUAGGAUUUUCGAAGGAUUGAAAUCCUUAUAAUUUUUUCCUAUGCUUUGAUUCAUAGGAUUGGAUCAAUAGGAAUUUUUCCUAUGUAAUCUUUAAUUUUCAAAAGUGAACCCGCUAAUUUCUGAACCCUGCGAUUUCUGAAUGUAAAAGUGAAAUCUCUGAUUUCCGGAUGUAAAACCUUUAGUUCCUAAUGCCUAAUUUACCCCUCCAAAUUUAAGAAGCUC